AUGACCGAAAUCUGGCAGCGGUAUUCAAAGCCAAUGCAACUAGCCUUUGUGGACUUUGAAGCCGCUUUCGACUACCCUCAUCGAGACCGUCUUCUCAACGCGCUUCGCGCUGAUGGAGUACCAGGAAAGUUCGUUCGUCUACUUUAUCACAUGAUUCAACGGACAACUUUUGCAGCGCGAAUACCAGGCGGAUGUACGCGACCGUUUGAGGUGGUAACUGGAGUAAGACAAGGGGGAGUGGGAGUACGCUUCCUGCUCGACUUCGCUAUCGAUGACAUCGUGCGAAGAACAGUCGAUCAGUGUCCUGCCAAGCAUAAUCAGAGUGCCCCUUGA